GCAAGGAUCAAAAGGAUCAUGCAGAUGGACGAAGAGGUCGGCAAGUUAUCUGCAAGUGUACCUCAUAUGAUAUGUGAGUUAUCUGUCUUCUCAUCUAUUGUCCCAUCCCAAGGAGUCCUUCCAAAAUCAUUGGAAAGAUUCAUGCAGUCUCUACUGGAAGAAGGAACUAAAGAAGCUCGUUCUAGAGGAUCGAAAAAAGUGACACCAAAUCAUUUGAAAACGGCCAUACAAUCAAAUCCAAAUUUCGACUUUUUGCUUGAAAAAGUAGCUGGUAUACCUGAUACUGGAGUGGAGAAAGAGACAGAUAAUAAAGCUGGACCUAGUAAAUCCAGAGCGGGAUAUGUACGACCUUCACGGAGAAAGAAGACU